AUGCUCAUCAUUCCUGUACCUACCACCGGUAGCACAGCCAGUGGCCACCAGUUGGCUUGCUCUGUUAUACCAACGGCAGUUGUUCACAAUAUCCACCACUCUGACCACCUCCACUUCCAACCGUCGCCUCGCAGCGGUCCAAGUAGUUCCACCUAUUGA